AUGGGUCGCAAGCUCUUGACGCUCGUGCCGUCGGCACUGCCGUCCGCGACCAGUUUGGGGCGUUUCCACUCGGACGCAACGGACGUGCCCUUCCUGUCUAUUGUACUCUGGACCUCUUGCUCCGUUGGCGACUCGACACGUACGCGGCAGUUGGCUCUGGACAAGGACAAGUGUCGUCUGCUGGAGCUGCAGCGUCUGCAGCCAUUAGAAGGCACACGCAGCUGGUUUGUAGGCAGCACUGUCAUACAGGACGGCGAAGUGAUGGUCUUCUCUCCCAUGGAUGAGCUCUUUGUAUUGCUGGACGCCGCAUGGCCUCAGCGCAUGAGGUUUUCAUCAGUCUUUGACCUAUUGACGACAGCGAGCAAUACGUGGCUCUUGAAACUCUCGACAUUGUGUGAGAAGAUAACAAACAUUUGUGAUGUCCAAGUGAUGGAUGGAGACGAUGGUGUAGAGAAUCUUUAUAUAAAGAUCAAUGAGAACAAGACGAUGGACUGGUUAAGGAAAAAGGUGGAGAAAGUGGCUAAAGUGCUGCUGAGACAGGAACAGGACCGAGUUACUAAAGCUGCAAAUGCAGCAGCAUUUGAUGAGCAUGUGAAUGUAUUAGGACAGAAACAGGAGAAGAAAGAGGAGGAAGAGCAAGGUGUUGCUCUUUAUUAUCGACAAGCAAUUGAUAUUGUGGGAAAUUAUCUGAUGGAUGAGUGGAUUGACUUGCUCUGCACUGAGUUCAAAGUGGAGAAGGAGGUCAAAGCUGUUGCAAAAGUGGCGGCUGGAUCGAUCGAUACGUUCAAGCGGUACGACCGACGUGAAGCCAUAGACAACGCGACCAAACGUCCGACACUUGCCACUGGAAAUGGUGCCAAGAAAAAGAGCAAGUUGGCCAAUGUAGAUCGAUCCGGGAUGAAAUCGCUGACGUCGUUUUUUGGUAAGAAAUAG